AUGGCUGAACCUUUAUCCAUUGCGGCGAGCACUAUCGCUAUUGUGCAGGCCACGCAGCUUGCUGGUCAGGCUUUGAUUGCGAUUCAUACCUAUUAUGGCGAUGUAAAAAAGGCGCCCGAGACUGCCAGGAAGCUUGUGGGCGAGAUCAAAUCUCUUGAAGGAAUCCUCAAUCAAAUGAAAACAUAUGGAGAAGAAAACAAACAAUCAAUAGCAAUACCGAAUCUGGAGGAAAAUCUAAAGGAUUGUUCCAAGUCACUAGAAAAAUUACAGGCAAUGCUUUACACGACUCAGAAGGUAUCAAAGCUGAAGAAGAUGUUGAAAGGGCUCAAGCAAGCACUCAACAAACAGGAGAUUGCGGAUAUCAUGUCCCAAAUUCAGCGUUAUAAGGAAACAUUCAGUCUUGGCUUGGCCGUGGAGAAUAUAUUCAUUACAAGAAACGUCGAGGCACGUGUUCAGCAUAUCGCUCAAGAACAACAUAUCGAUAAAAUAAAUACAAUGAAAGGCCAUUCAGAGGAGAGAUGGAAGAAGAUCCUUCAUUGGGUUUUCGCGGGAUCUACUAGUAAAAAGCACAUUGAUAUCACAAAGAGAAGGCGGAAAGAGACCGGGAAAUGGUUUUUACAGACUCCAGGGGUUCAAAGCUGGAUUACUGAUCCAGAUUCCCCAAUUGUUUGGGGCCACGGUAUUCCUGGUUCUGGAAAGACAUUUUUAAGCUCUGCUGCAAUCGACCAUGUCGAAAAUGAAAAUCUAUUCCCGACAACAGAAAUUAACGGAGUCGCCCAUAUAUACUUUGAUUACAAAGACCAGGAACAACAAAAAGCUAUCGAUGUUCUCUCCAGCUUGGUGAAACAGCUUGCUUACCAAUUGCCACGCCCGCUCAAAGAACUUGAAGAAUUAUAUGAAAGGAAAGAAUCUAAAGAUAGAAGGCCUACGACCGAUGAGCUUUUGUCUAUUCUCCUCAUUAUCUUCACAUCCUUUAAUCGCGUCUUUCUUAUAUUCGAUGCACUGGACGAGUCCGAUCAGCGCAAAGAGAUUCUUCCACUAAUUCAGCGCAUGUCGAUGAAAAAAGUAAAUGUGCUUGUUACCAGCAGGCCUUACCCAGAAGACAUUCAGGCGUUGUUCGGGCACAGCACCUUAAAAGUAGAAAUUCUCGCCAAGGAAGAGGACAUCGUCAAAUAUAUCAAGGGAAAGAUCGAUGAGGACCCUCGAGCAAAGCGGCUCGUCGGGCUUGGGAAUUGUCGGGGAAAAAUCGUUUCCGAACUUGUGGACUGUGCUAAGGGAAUGUUUUUGCUCGUUCAUUUCCAUGUAAAGUACAUUUGCGAACAGACGACUCCAAAUGAGAUCCUGGAAGCGCUCGACGGACUCAAGAAUAGCUCUACGGAUGAGAGACCCCUAGAUCCUACUUAUAACAGAGCUAUAGAAACCCUCAAAAAGCAAGCUAAGGGCCCCAGAGCCUUAGCAAUCAACAUUCUUUCAUGGCUUCUAAAAGCUAGGCGCCCUAUGACAGUUGACGAAAUCCGGACUGCGGCACGUCUCGAACCAGGUAAAUACAAACUAGACGAAUUUGACCUCCCAGCGGACGAAACACUUCUCGACGUAUGUGCUGGUUUGGUCAUGAUAGACGAGAUGUCUAAAACGAUCAAAUUUGCUCACUAUACCGUCCAAGAGUAUCUUUUAAACAACAAUAUCAUUCCUGAUAAUAUAGAGUCCAAACUGGCUGUGGUAUGCAUUACUUAUCUACUAUUCAAAGUCUUUGAGGUUCCUCCACAAACAGAAGAGACUACCCGCGCAUGCCUUGAGUCACAUCACUUUCUUCGUUAUGUUGCUUCACAUAUAUCUUUUCAUGUUGGAAAUCGUGAGAAUGAUGAAUUAGUUACGGAUAUAGUUAUGAGGUUUCUGAAGAGAACUGGCAAUGUUUUAUCGUUCUUGAGGGCAUGCCAAAAUCUAGAUAUUGUUAGCUUUUUGGAACACAGGAAGAUCCAAACCAUCGAAGAUUUGGAAAAGUGGGAGGCUUUGUGCAUAGCAUGCCAUAUCGGACAUCACGACACCGUAAAGAUUUUAAUCGGUGACGGAGCAGACGUUCUGAAAUCAGACAAACUAGGACGUACUCCUCUAUACUUCUCAGUGCACAUUGGAAGUCAAUCGAUCGCCCAGCUACUGCUCAAUGUUGGCGCUGAAGUUUCAACCCAGACAUUGAACCAUCAACGGACACCGCUAAUGGAAGCAGUAACAAAUGGUUAUCAGUCAAUUGCUCAAAUACUACUCAACAAUAGAGCCAAUGUUAAAGUUCAAGAUGAGUAUGGUUGGACAGCAUUGCACCAUGCGGCAUAUGAAGGGUACUUUGAAAUCGCGCAACUCCUCGUCAAUUAUGAUGGUGUGGAGAUAUCAGCUCAAGACGAAGAAGACUGGACAGCACUACAUCUUGCAGCACAGGAUGGAUACCUGCCAGUUGUCCAGCUCCUGCUCGAUAAGGGCGCCGAUUUCUCGAACCGAAAUAAUAAUGGAGCUUCAGUCUUAUGUAUCGCGGCACAAAAUGGACACCUGCCAGUCGUCCAGCUCCUGCUCGACAAGGGUGCCAAUGCCUCGGACCGAGAUAAGUAUGGUGCUUCAGUCUUAUACAUGGCGGCACAAAGUGGACAUCUACCAGUCGUCCAGCUCCUGCUCGACAAGGGCGCCAAUACCUCGGACCGAGAUAAUAGUGGUAUUUCAGCCUUAUACAUCGCGGCAGAAAAAGGACACCUGCCAGUCGUCCAGCUCCUGCUCGAGAGGGGCGCCGAUGUCUCGGACCGAGUGGAUGAUGAUGGUACUUCAGCCUUAUACAUCGCGGCACAAAAUGGGCACCUGCCAGUCGUCCAUCUUCUGCUCGAGAGGGGCGCCAAUGCCUCGGACCGAAAGAAAAAUGGUACUUCAGUCUUAUACGUCGCGGCAGAAAAAGGACACCUGCUAGUCGUCCAGCUCCUGCUCGACAAGGGCGCCAAUGUCUCGAACCGAAAUAAUAAUGGUGUUUCAGCCUUAUACAUCGCGGCACAAAGGGGACACCUGCCAAUCGUCCAGCUCCUGCUCGAUAAGGGCGCCGAUGUCUCGAACCGAAAUAAUAAUGGAGCUUCAGUCUUAUACAUCGCGGCAGAAAAAGGACACCUGCCAGUCGUCCAGCUCCUGCUCGACAACGGCGCUGAUGUCUCGAACCGAAAUAAUGAUGGUGCUUCAGCCUUAUACAUCGCGGCAGCAAUGGGAAACCUACCAGUCGUCCAGUUCCUGCUCGAUAACGGCGUCAAUGCCUCGGACCGAAAGAAUAAUGGUGUUUCAGCCUUAUACAUCGCGGCAGAAAAAGGACACCUGCCAGUCGUCCAUCUUCUGCUCGAGAGGGGCGCCAAUGCCUCGGACCGAGUAGAUGAUGAUGGUACUUCAGCCUUAUACAUCGCGGCACAAAAUGGGCACCUGCCAGUCGUCCAUCUUCUGCUCGAGAGGGGCGCCAAUGCCUCGGACCGAACUAAAGAUGGGUGGUCAGUCCUACACACUGCGGCACACAAUGGACACCUAAAAGUCGUCCAGCUAUUGCUUGAAAUCAGAAUCUAUAAUCCAACUCCUCACUCCAAACGCAAACCAGUAAAAGAUUGA